AUGUCUGGACGUGGUAAACAGGGCGGCAAGGCUCGCGCAAAGGCUAAGACCCGGUCUUCCCGCGCCGGACUCCAGUUUCCGGUGGGCCGAGUGCAUCGGCUUCUUCGCAAGGGCAACUAUGCCGAGCGGGUUGGGGCGGGCGCGCCAGUAUAUUUGGCCGCGGUGCUAGAGUACCUGACUGCCGAGAUCCUUGAGCUGGCAGGCAACGCCGCCCGCGAUAAUAAGAAAACGCGCAUCAUCCCGCGCCACCUGCAGCUCGCCAUCCGUAAUGACGAGGAGCUCAACAAGCUGCUGGGUAAAGUCACUAUAGCUCAGGGUGGUGUUCUACCGAACAUCCAGGCUGUGCUUUUGCCCAAGAAGACUGAAAGCCACCACAAGGCAAAGGGCAAAUAG